AUGUCGGCUGUACUCUGCUGUGUUCAUCCACGUAUCAACUCACCCGAACCGCCUUCCCGUCCUUUGACAGUGUCGUCAUCUUCACUUGAUGGCCUUCUCUUAGCUGCUGCAGGAUUACCUUCCGAUCAUCCACAUGUUCUACGCUUCACAAAUUCAAACACCCUUCCCGGCACUAUUGACUCAAGCACCAUCCUGAGAAGUCCAGGCUUCAAAGGCCGACUACGUAUGAAGCUCAGCCGUCGCACACUUGAUCCGGGACGAAGCGCCAGCGUAAACACAGAGCAGAGUGGCGAUCGAAUCCGUGCCAAAAAGCAAGUGCGCGGGUGUCGUGUUGCUAGCAUUUGCAGCAAAUGGGAAACCGUCUCCAGUGGUAAGCUCUGGGACGGUGAUGCCAAAGCCUUAACAUCGACGGAGGUCAUCCAUCAAAUGGAUCAAGAGGCUAUGGGAGAUAUGGACGAGGCUCUUUUGCAGGGAGAAGAGGAACGCGGACGUCGACGUCGACGCGAAUUUAGUGAGGAACUCGCUAUUCGGAAUCUUGUCAUGGAAGGACAGCACGACGAGACAGUGUCUCCUCGGGGCGUGCCACGUCUGGUUUCCGCGCAAUCCGUCAUCCGCACGGAUGGCGAAGUAGAUCAGCUUCAAGAUGAUCUCGCGGAGAAUCAGCCGAGGUAUUCUAGUUCUGCGGAAGGCAAUUUCGAGAUCUUGCAAGCGUCGCAGCACAGAAAAUCUCCGUUGUCAGAUGCAGCUAUUGAGCUCGAUGUCCUGACUCUCCGGAAGUUGCGACUCACGCCUUUCAAUCAAGCUCCUCUUCUACCGAGGAUAGUCACAUCUCCUUUCCUGCCACCUUAUCCGGAAGGUUCCAAUGAGACGGUCGUGCGUCGAAGCUCUUCUGUGGAUCUGCACCCGCAACGUUUCAAACCGAUGCAUUCACCGACACGCUUGAGGAGGAAGUCGAGCACCUCUUUUGCUUUGUCAAGUCUCCUCAUGACGGACAAUGAGCAAGAUGGACAUCUGCGUCGCGACUCUGAUACAAACAAGGUGCCUGAGGUGAAGGAGAUUCGUGUUGACUCAGUGGGCAGUGUGGUAGAGCAAGUUAUCAGUGUGCCUGUGAAUGAUGAACCCGUUUUAGCGAUCCCUGAAAAAUUGACCGAACGAGCAAGCCAGGCGUCUACAUCCACAUCGCAUGCUGGACAAGAUGCAGGCGAGAGCACAGUGCUAUUGAACAAACAAACUGAGCAGGUUGCAGACACUCCACCCGCGGCCUUAUUGACCCCCGCAUUGCAUUCAUGCCGCGUAUCGUCGCCGUCAAUGGACGCCAGCUCUUCUGUCUACAGCCGACCUUGCAGCGCAAACAGAGAUAUGGAAUGUCCGCAGCCGUACGAUAUCCCAAAUACUCUGGCGGGAAAUCUCGCCGACUGGCCGUUGCGAACUGAUGGCGCUGGGGAGCAAGAUCGCACAGCCAGUACGAAUACACAUGGCAAUUCUACCCCUGCUGAUAAGGAAGUACUACCAGAGUUUGUCGAUACAAACGAUUCUCCGCUGGAGCGCCAUACGCUCGACGGCGUUACAUUGUCUCACGAGCACCAUCCGAUUUCCAACGGUCAGCCGGUUUCCAAAAGUGGUCGUAACUCUGUAUCUAAAGGCAGCAAGAAGAGCAAAUUCCUCGAAGCUUUCACGCCGCCCAAGAAAUCAGUCAGAAAGAGGAAGUCCAUUUUCCGCUUCCUCCGUCCUGGCAGUCUUAAGCAAAUGCGAUGUGCGAGCACGCCUAUUCUGCGCUCGGACGAUCACAAGCAUGUGAAUGCAGAGGACGGUGCUGUUGAUGAUACUAUGCUCACAGUACAGUAUGAGCUCACUCGCCCUGCAGAAAACAUUCCUCGCCGUCGCUCAGCGACAGAAGGAGACUUAUAUCAGAACCCUGUUGUCACAAAAGAUGAGGUCGAACAUUCUGGCAUGAUGCAUACGUCUCUGGUCGUGCCAGCAAGCAAAACUCGCCCUGAAUCCGGGAGCAGUCGUCGUACCUCGGGCACAUACCUUACCGUGGACGACGCAAGUUCUCAUAGGCCUCAAUUUCGCCAUACCCCCUCUCCGAGUACAGCAUCAGGGCAAACGACGAUGUACGCUUCUGUUCGUUCAUCCCUCCCACCGACCCCGGUCAUCGAUCUCCAUCGCCGCCCUUCGAUGCUUGAGUACGAACGCAACCUCACUUUGAUGGGCGAUGACAGACGACGACCGUCAGUGAGGAACCUGCACAAUGCUCAAGAAAUCCGACAUAAUCAUCGCCACGAUGCGAUGGCAAAUGCUGCGUAUCUAUCACAGCAAACCUUUGAGGAUGAGGAAGAGGAAGAGCUCAAUCCUUUGAUGGCGAGUGCUCUCAAACGUCACCAACAGGGCAAAGCUUUGUUUCAAUCCGAAAGCAAACGUCGAGAAUCGCUUCGUCUGAGCCAUUCGUCUCCUGCGUUGCCCAAUGCUUUCCAGCUCGACCCAGCUGGACGUAGCUCGAGCACCAAUGCUCUGCUGAAUAAGAGACAAGACAGUGUCCAGCUUGCGCCAGAUGUUUCAAGUCCACAUGUGGCGUUCGAUACUGCUGUUCCAUCGGGACUGCUUGGUGUAGAGUACAAGCCACUCACUGGCACAGCAUCUUGCGGUGUCCCUUCACUCACAUCGGUGCCCUCUGUAUUCGUCAAAUCUCCAAGCGCCUCGCCGACUAUUUCUCCCAAGACUGCCAAGAUUGGAACAUCGCGUCCGUCAUGGUCACGUUUCGCGUCGCAUACACGCAGUGAGCGCUGUGGAUCAGCUAAUGCUGCUGACUCCGUCAAGACGCGUGACUUCGCGGGCAGAAAUGUGGAAAGCAGUGCCGAUUCUGUUGAUGAGAAGGCUUCUCCGACAAGCAAGAGGUCCUUCACGACAAGUGAUAACAAGAAGAAUUUGUCCCCAACAAUGAUCAAACGACGGUCCAUGACAUUCGGUGGGAUUGUCAGGUACUAUCACAAUCUGCUGUCCAGUUCUGGCAACGGGUUCCAAGGACAGAAUCGACGUACAUCUGUGGCUGUUAGUGGCAGACUGGAGCAACCCGAGCUGGAAAUGUUGCCUCCUUCGCUGGUCCCGGAGAAUCAUUCAAACAGUUUAUAUGAACAUCUCAAGCAGGUCGAAGAUUCCAUCGAAGGUUUGGGUGAGACCGACGCUCAUCAUUCUCCUCGACAUAGCCAUACCAUUUCCUUUUCUUCUUUCGUCCAAGCUCCUGAGCAGCAGGAGUCAACCCAAAUUUCUGGAUCUCAAGCAGCAGGCAGUAUUCGAUUCCGGCUUGGUAGUCUUUUCAACGAACCUGCUCACAACGUCCGACGUAUUGAUACUAGCAUCGAUCCAACAGGAACAAGUCAGUCUACCGAGAGCAAUAGCCCAGAGCUUACAUCUGUGCGACAGGAUAGUAUAGCCAUGAGCAAUGUUCCCGAAACCACGAUCACACAGGUCGACGGACCCUCCACUUGCGCCAACGAGGACUUCAGCAAGGAUAUCAUAGGAAAUAGGUCUCAAACGGUUCUGAUGCCACCUUCACCUUCAUCACGCGCGGAUCUCUGGUCGCAGAUGUACAAAUCCUGUCUCACACGCCACGCGCCGGCGUUUUCGUCCGUCUCUGACAUCAACAACGAUACCGCAACCGCUGAUACCCCGGUCGCACAACAACAUUCAAACGAUGGGCACCGUCGCUCGCAAAGCUCUUCAGAAAUGCCACCUCCGCCUGCUCCGAUCCUGAAGCCGCUCAAAGCCCGCUCACCGGAACAAAAGUCCAAGCAAGGCAGCAAAGAGCCCAAAAUGAACGCCUCACAUCUCGAUCCAAACGUCCGCAUCCGCCGAUUCCCUUCCGUCACAGUGGUCGAUGAUCGCAAGGGUCACCUGCGCAGUGUUUCGUUGAUCUCAACACAGAGCCUCAGCGAGCGGAGUGGGAGUGGUAGCAGGCGUGCGGGAAGUGCGCUCAGAGGGAGCACGUAUGAUCUCAUUCAAUUCGUGCAGAUGAAGGAGAAGGAGGAGAGAGAGAAGUUGCUUGGGUUGGGGUCGAGCGGUGACACUGCUACUACCGCCACCGCGGAGUCACCCAAUGAUGUCGGAGAGAAGAAGUGCGAGGACCUUUGAUGAAACUUUCGAGCCGCCCAUGACGACUAUGAUGUAUUACUGGGUUUCUUCUUCUUCUUCUUCUUCUUCUUCUUCUUCUUCUUCUGGGUGCAUUGAAUUAAUUGAGCGCAUCAUAUUCGUUUUCAGCCAGCAUGCUACUACGUUAUCAGAUUAUUGUCAUCAGAGCACGAGAGAUCCCGCUGGGUGCGCCAUACAAACAGUCACAUAGCAUAGAUAAACUCGUGCAGAACUUUGAAUGCCUCUGUUAACUCCCCGCCUCUUC